AUGGCAAAGGAAGGAGCCACCAGCAAGAACAGUGGUGGCGCAGUAGGCAACGGUGAACCGCGUCUGCGACACCAAAGGAAGCGUCCAAGGCGUUGUGCCAUUGGCUGUUAUCACGCCAGUGCGGUUAUUCUCCUCAUUGGCAUUAUUGUCGCUCUUGCUGGUGUCUCGUCUAGUCGACUGUUUGAAAUUUUCAUCUACGACAACCGUCAUCCACCCCUCUUCCAUCACAUUUCCAUCCAUGUAGGACUUUUUGAUAUUAGGGGCGAGAUCACGGGCAACGACGCUAUUUCAGUCGUUGAGGUGUUGGAAUAUCCUCCUGUUCUUGAUGAGCCGCGUUGGUUAACUGCAAAAGCUGCCACUGUGAUUGGUUUAAUCUUCGGCUUUCUAGCUCUCAUUAUCCACACAGCCCUUCUCUGUUGCCAUCGCGGGCAGGAGGACAAACCGUGCGGAACUGUCGCAGUGGAGGUCCUUUUUUAUCUCAUCACUGUUAUUGGUUUACUGGUUGGCCUUAGCCUGGCAGAGUCGGAAAUUGAAGGUGUUCACAAUCAUGGUGACGAAACCCUAGUCCGCAUGCUUCAAGCCAAUAGACUCAUUGGAAGUGCUACUGAAAUUGAUAAAUCAGCACUUCCAUCGGAUACCAGUGAAGUCCUCCACACUCCCACCUCCCUCUCUUCCGGUUACGUGGCUGAAUUCAACCUAGUACUGUCUAAUCCUCAACAAAGUUUUUACGUCCUUAUUGCUGCCGAUUUCAUCUGUCUCUUGGCUUUUCUCAUGGCGCUGAUCUACUUUGUGCGGCUCAGUGAACGUAAGGAGGAGCUGCGAAAGCAACUCCAAAAAGCCAAAGUGGCAAAACCUGUGUCUGAGCGGCCGCAUGUGUAA